CGUGAUUGGGUUGCGUCUCUGUACAUCUCGUCUCUUCUGAGCAGCGAGACUGAAGCUGAAGACUGAAGCUGACUGUCUGUUGGAGCUGCAGCUGCUUGUUUCGGUCGGAUUAACACUAAAACACCAUGGACGGCAGGAGCUACGGUUCCGGUUACUCCAGUUGGGGAGGUGGCGGGUCAGGCAGCAGAGGUUCUGGAGGCUUUGACCUGUAUGGGGGAGGUUAUAAAGACUCCAUGUCUGGGCUCGGGGGUUAUGGGGGAGGAGGAGGAGGCCACAUGAAGAGAGGACUCUCUCCUCUCUCAUCCACAGGCGCAGAUGCAGUCAUUGCCAAGAUUAACCAGCGCCUGGACAUGCUCACUCAGUUGGAGGGGGGGUUGAAAGGGACUCGGGGUGACAGGUAUGACCACUACGAGUCAUUCGACUCGCGCGCCUCCGCUCUCACCUCCUCCCGAGAUCUCUACAGAUCUGGCGGCGGUAGCAGCUAUGGUUAUAGCGAUGGCCGUGAGGACAACAUGCUGUUGAGUCAGCGAGGAGGCUCGGGCUUCGGAGGGGGAAUUGGGCUAGGGGGAGGAGGAGGCUUUGAAAGCCCCUCCUCUUCCUAUGGAGUCGCUAAAAUGCGACAGAAUAUGAGGGAGUCCUUCAACACUGGCCAGGGAGGAGGUUCUGGAGGUGGAGGAUGGCCUGGAGCAGGCCGACGUUCCCCCAGAAGGGGUGGAAGUGCCGGGGGUCGAGGAGCUGGAGGAGGAGGAGGAGGAGGAGGAGGAGGAGGGUUUGGAAGCCGCAGGUCUGACCCCACUCCAUUAGGCGGAGGUGGGCGGGGAAGUGGCAGUGGUGGCCAGUCCCACCGCGGCCGCUCUCCAGGAGGUGGUAGAGGCAAGCUCCCAUCCCUCCUGUCCAACCGUAUGUACCCCGAGAGUGGGGGCUUCCAUCAGGGUUCCACUCAAGGGCCUCACGACUUUCCAGGGAGGCAUUUUGGAGGGGGCCCACGGGCUGGCCGCCAGCGAGGCCGCAAGAGACCCCUCAACAAACAGGUGAAGCCACAGCGUGAGGUCCAAAAGAAGAGAAAGCAGACACUUACUGCUGCUGAUGAGCCAGAGUCCAAGAUGAACAAGACGGAGAGUGCAGGGUCAGAAGAUACCCAAGAACAAGCAGAGAAAAAUGGUGAUGACAUUGAACCAAAAGCUGAAGCUGUGGAGACACAACCUGAUGAAGAUGGAGAUAAAGCGUCACCCAAACAGGAGGAGAAGAAAAGUCCGCAGGGCAAACAGACUCCGACCCAAGGUCAGGACAAGCACCCAAAGAUGAGGAAGAGGAGGGGCUUCCUGGAAAGGGUGAUGUUCGCCUGCUCUGUGUGCAAGUUCCGUUCGUUCUACAAGGAAGAAAUGGAAACUCAUCUUGACAGUCGCUUCCACAAGGACCAUUUUAAGUUCCUCUCUGGCCAACUGUCCAAGCCCACCACAGACUUCCUCCAGGACUAUUUGCAGAACAAGUUUAAGAAGACAGAGCAGAGGGUCGGCCAGUUGGAAAACCACAGUGCUGCUAUCUGCCAGGUGUACAAAGAGCAGGACCUCACCAGGGAUCUCGGUAUGGAGCACUUCAUGAGGAAGGUGGAAGCUGCCCACUGCGCAGCAUGUGACCUUUUCAUUCCCAUGCAGCCACACCUGAUACAGAAACAUAUCAAGUCUCAUGACCAUAACUACAACCGGAAGGGUAUGAUGGAGCAGUCCAAGAGGGCCAGUCUGUCAGUUGCUCGCAGCAUCCUCAACCACAAACUCAUUGGCAAGAAGCUGGAGAGCUACCUCAAGGGUGAAAACCCGUUCACUGGCAACCAAGACGACCAGGAUCCAGAGGACUCCAUGGUGAUGGACGUGUCUGAGUUGGAGUUAACAAGUGAGACAGCAGACGGCCAGACGGAGGCAGUGACAGUCAAGGAUGAGCCGGUGGAUGAGGGGGAGACCAGCCAAGAGGUUGUCGAGGGUGAAGAAGAAGAAGAAGAAGAAGAAGCAGCAGCAGCAGCAGCAGCAGCAGCAGAAGAGGUGGAGGAAAAGAUGGAUGAGGGAGAGGUGGAGCAAGGGAACCAGGGAGAGGAGGAGCAGGGAAACCAGGAAGAGGAGGAGCAGGGGAACCAGGAAGAGGAGGAGCAGGGGAACCAGGGAGAGGAGGAGCAGGGGAACCAGGAGGAGGAGGAGGAAGGUUUUGAAGUUGGAGAGGAGGAGGAGGGAUAUGUGGUGCACGAUGAGGUUGGCGAAGAGGGAUUACAUGCUGAGGAGGGGGAGGAGGAGGAAGGAGUCGAGGCAGCAGAGGUAGAGGAGGAAGACAAGAAUGAUGAAUGACUUUUGCACCCCGAGUGUGACUCCUCUGUCCGGACCAGUCAGUGACCCCCACAGUCCCAGUCAAACUAGUCUCAUUACCAGGCAUAUUAAGAAAUCUACACACCUGCUCCCAUCAUUUCCCACCAUUUAAUGACUCUGAGCUUGUAUCAUUUUAGUUUUUGUUAAAGGAAUAGUUCCACAUUUUUGGAAAUCCAUCCUUGUGUAGAGUUAGAUGAGAAGUUAAAAAGGGUUACGCAGCUAUGUCUCAUGUACCAGCUCUUUUUGGAGGUGUUGAAGUGUUUUUCCCAGAAUGUCAAACUAUUCCUCUUAAUACUUUUACUUGUGCCUUUGUUCAAAGUAUUCAUUUUGAUUAAUUUGUUUAGAAUUGUUUAAAAGAGAUAUUGUGUACUUUUUUCUUACCAGAGUUUACAUAGUAGCAUCAUAACGUUGUGUCCAUUUCCAACCUCUUUGGUAAAAUCUAGAACUGUGUGGGCUUUUUAUUCUACAGCUGGAGGAUAUGGAGAUAACUGAUGGGACUCUCUGUAGAAUAAUAUGGAUUAUUUAGUCAUGGAUAUCAGUCAUGUAACAAACAUGUCAUGUUUCACUCUGAAUAAGAAAUAAACUUGUUGAGUAAAUCACA